AUGGAACAAUCUCAAGGAAACAUCGCCAAUUCCCCACCAACUUCAGAAAUCCCCCAAAGACCAAUUAUAUUGUCUCCACCGCCAUUGGACCAAAACUCCUUCAACCAAUCGUUGAACGAUUUGCUGAUAUCUGUUCCUCAAGGUCAUGCCAAUAGACAACAAAGUGUUGGGUACAAUUUGCAACAUGAAUUUGAAACAUUGACAGCUAAUUUGGAUUUGGACUUGACUAGUUCCAUGAGAAACAUUACUCAGAGUGCUCCCCCUAACCAACAGCAGCAGGCUCAAUUACAAUCACAUACACAUACGAAUUCACAACUAUUGACUACCACUGAUUCAAACACCAAACCGGCUCAUUCGGUCAAACCCACGUUGGUUGCCCCAGCUGCUUCAAGAUAUAGUUCUAAUUUAGGUUCUGAUUUAUUGGGUAAAUCUACUAGUUCUUUACUUGGUGAUAACAAUCCAGUUUCUCCAAUCCAGAAAUUCUCUUCAAUUAAUACUCAAUUGGAUAGUUUGUUGAACAACAAUAUUUCUGGUACCAAAAGUAAAACUGGAACCAAUUCACCAUUUUUAUCAAACACUGGGUUAUCCAAUAGACCACAAUCGGUUAAUGAUUUUACUAGUAUUUUCAAUCGUCAAGACCAACAACCACAACAAUCGUUUCUGAGUUUUACUGCUCAACAACAACAAAAUCAAAAUCAAAAUCAGAACCAAAAACAAAACCAAUCAAACUUUUAUCUGGAUUUGAUUGUAUUCAGUAACUGGAUUGAAAAUUUAAAUCCUCAAGAUAAUCUCACAAUGAUUGAUUAUUUGUGUUCAAAUUUGCCACUCGAUAUAUUAUUGACUUUUAAGUCUAAGUUAGAUUUGCAUUUGCAAGGUGGAUCAGCCCAGAAACAACAACAACAACAGCAGCAGCAGCAGCAACAGCAACAACUACUACCACAAUUUGUUAUGUCACCUUAUAGUCAAUAUGACCAACAACUUUACGGUGACAUGGAUAAAUUAAACAUUCAAGAUGACAAUUUUAAAUCGAAACAUGGUAAUUCAUCAUUCAGAACCAAUCAACUAGCCAAUUUAAUAGAUAAAGUAGAACGACCAAAAUCAGCUGAUCCAUUUGUCAAUAAUAACAAACAUGGCCAAUAUCAACACCAAACAUAUAACCAAAACUUGUAUCAACAACAACAACAACAACAAAAUCUGUUAGUCGAUAGAGCUAAAUCUCCAACAUCUCAUUUAUAUGAAAAGACCAAUUUUUUACAGUUAGCUGCAGCUAAUUCAAAUAAUGUUGGUGGCAAUUACAAUCAAUACAUGUCGUCAUUAUCUUCUUCAUUAGGUCAAACAAAUCCAAACAAUACAUCUACUAGAGAUGACAUGGAUUUGAAGCUUGGAGCUUUGGCCACGAUCAAUUCAAGAGUUGCAUUGGAUUCAAAUAGAAAACAUCCUCAUAUAGCGACACCUGGAUCAACUUGGAAUAAUCAAAAUCAUAGUCAUCUGCAAAUCUCUCCACCACACCAUCAAAUGCAUAGCAGUGUACGUAAUGUUUCAAAUUUUGAAGAAUCCAUUAAUCGAUCAUUGAACUCGUCAAGCGUGCCUGCUAGUAUGCACAAGGCAAAUUAUUCCAGCUCCCAUAGCAAUAAUAAUAAUAAUAAUAAUAAUAACAACAAUGGCAAUGUUAAUUCUAAUCAAAGUAAAGGAAAUCAUAAGAAGAAAAUAAAUUCUCCAACGUCAGCGGUUAGUAUGCAACAAAAUCCCACAUCAGUAAAUUCAACCACUGGUGGUAAUAGCGGGGCAAAUGGUAAUACUACAACCACAAGUAGUUCAUCGUCAUCUAUGCCAAUUGAAGUGUCAAGUCUUGAAUUAUUGAAUAACAUCCCUGCAUGGUUGAAAUUGUUAAGAUUACACAAGUAUACCGAAUGUUUAAAGGAUAUACCUUGGAAAGAGUUGAUAGAGUUGGAUAAUGAUCAAUUGGAGAGUAAAGGUGUUGCUGCAUUGGGUGCUAGACGUAAAUUAUUAAAGGCGUUUGAUGUUGUGAAGAAUAAUUUACCAGUUGUUUGA